UCGCAGCCGCUUGUCCCUGAGCCUGUGUCUACCGAACAUCUGGUAUCUUCAUGGACGAUCCCUUAUCUCGACUGCCUCCACAUAUUGCUAUUUUCUACAGCGUUGGGUGCUGAGCCCUGACGUCGCCCAUGUCGUCAAUUCUCCAGCCGGAGGCUGGUAUAUUUUAUGGAGUGUGCUGGUUUGUAGUAAUUGUGCGAUUGAUAUCACGACGUCUCCAUCGAGGAGCAUGGAAUCGUUUGCAAUUGGAUGACUACCUGAUCGUCUGUGCUAUGGUGACUGUCACUGUUCUGCUCGUCGCCAUGACGAGAGUAGUCUCCACUUCGACCAACCUCAUCCCGCCCGGUGAGGAUGUCACGCAGUACACUCAAGCCGAGAUCAAUGCUCGAAUCACUGGUUCCAAAUUUGUCUUGGUGGUAGAACAGAUGCAGAUCGCUACCAUCUGGCUAGUCAAAGCAUGCUUGCUCAUCAUGUACUUCCGUAUGACGGCCGUACUGCCGCAGCGCAAGCUGGUUGUUGCCACGUCCAUCUACGUUGGAGUUACGUUCGUCAUCAUGGAGAUCCUCUACUUCGGCGUGUGGUGCCGUCCUUUCAACCAGUACUUUGCUAUGCCCACUAACUCAAUACAAUGUUCUGCAGCAACAAACCAUUUGAUAACAAACGCCGUGUUCAACAUAAGCUCAGACCUCAUCAUUCUCAGCAUACCGAUGCCACUUCUGUUCAAAGUUCGCUUGCCAAAAAAGAACAAGUUGAUUUUGAUUGGCAUCUUCUUGAUUGGACUUUUCACCGUUGUUGCCGCUGUGCUCAACAAGUACUACUCUUUCUCCAACCCCUUCGGCAACGACUGGGUGUUGUGGUAUCUUCGGGAGUCAUAUACUGCCCUCUUGUGCGCAAACCUGCCCCUCACGUACCCUCUUAUCCAGCGAGUCUUCAACCUGCGCAACUGGAGCUCCCACUCAGGGGAGUCUCACUCGAUCCAGGCGGCUGGAACAAACACACGAGGAACAAACACCUUUGGCACCGCAAGAAGCCACAGCCAUUGGGUGAGUCAAAAUAAAACUCGGACAAAAUCGAAAAUCUACCGCGAUGAUCUCCGCGCUGCCGAGAGCCAGGAAGAGAUCAACGACCCGUUCCGAAACCCAAGUGCAGAUAACGGACCCGUUUUCAUCACCAGUGCGAUCGAAUUGGAUGGCGUGAAGGCAUAUGAAAAGUCCUCGACCGACAUCAGUAUUGAAAGCCCGAUGACAUGGCGGACCGAACAAGACCGCAUGAAGGACUUUAAUUAUAACGCCCCGACAUGAAGCAACGCCCAA